GGGUGUUCUGCACUGUGUCGCUUGUUGCCUUUCUGUACUCUUCAAGUCACACGUGGCCUACUUUCGGUCAAUUCGAGGACGGGACCAAAAUGCCUCAAUCGAAUGAACAGAGGCGUUCGGAGGGUCCGGGCGUUCCUCGCCAAAGUCCAUAAAUAGGGGCACCAGGGCUCCAGCUUUCUCACAUUCUCAGUCUCGAAGUCCAGGGCUCAUCCGAUCGCAUCGUGCUCUUGGCUGGCUCCUGGCUAUGGAUGGCCCUUGUGGUCUUCAUGGACCUCGAAUUCAAACAUCUGUUCGAUGUAUCCGAGUAAAUCCAAUAAUUACUCCAUUAUUGGACAUGUACAGUUAGAUCUAUUUCCAUGAUGAUGGAGUGAAUGCAGCUCACUCACUCUCGUUCAAAAGAGCUCGACCAGCAGAAGAAGCAGCAGCGGCAGAAGGAGCAGAUCGCUUUUCAUCUAAAGAGGAUCCAACAAUCUCCCACCAUGAGAGGCCCAGCACGUCACUAUUUCGACAGUUGGAUACUCCGAGAGACCGCGAACCAAGGAAUGACGGCACACCUGGACCACGCAGCUCGUGCUACAGCUGUAAUCGAUUCUUGAUGAAGUCCAUUAUCAUCACAGCGACUUGUUGUCAUCGGUGCGUCGCUCUCGCUCGCCCCCGGACUAUAAAGCUCGAUGGGAGCCACACGACGAUCUGCACUGCAUUUGCUCGUGAGAGUCUCGCUCGUCGUACGUCAGCUCGGAAUUAUUCCUUCACCAGAGAUCCGCCGUCCCAGCGCUCGCAGCUCGUGCGCUGUUAUCGAGUUCAGACAUCAAAUCUUCCCUGAUGUUACUGAAAAUGGAUGGCGCCGAGCCAUGUGCUCGGAUUGUACACCCCGUGGAUUGCAGGUACAUUCCUGAGGAGGAGGCUUUCACUCAUCCGCUGCGAAGCUGGUCGUUCGUCUUCUCUCCAUGAACGGCAGCCAACACGAGGCAAACCCUUCCUUCCCUGCACGGAAUUCCAACCCCGUCAGUACAAGGCCUCUAGUGCCGAUCAUUCGUCCAUCGCCCGUGUUUGACUCGUUGGUCCAGAGCAUCAAUGCCCCUACCGUGGAGUGAGAACGAGUAGUGUACUGGAAGGUCUGCUUUGAUCACCAAAGACGGCACGCGAGAUGCAUUUGGAAUUGCAUUUGCAAUUCUAGUCUGAAGCUUCACAUGACGCUGCACGAUCGUCGAGAGCUUGUACGAUUUACUGUUCACUCGAGUUCAAAGAGUUUGCAUUGUGCUGUUAUUUUGAGCUUUUAGAUGAAAUGUGCAGAAUCAAGAGGUUCAAAACACGUGGAAGACGAGUCGAGUCAGCGAGUUCAUCUGCUCGCUGUGAUGAUAGGAGUUCAAAUACAGGUCGAGUCCUUCCACACUGUUGUGUUUGUUUCAUCCUCAUACUUCUCGAAGCUCCACGGCAUCGACAGGUCCCAGGACGUGGCAUAGGUCUGAUCCGUUUCGAUUUGAGGGACGUAUUUGCUCGAUUGAGCAAUGUCGCCGUAUAUUCUCUUGGUAACGUCGCCCCUUAGGCUUGAUCUGGGUAUUCUGUCACACGGACUGUCCUGCUCCGAACUGCGGUGGUCUGACAUUCGUCUGAAGGCCGAUCUCGCUAUGCAGCUUGUGGUUCCACUUCCAGCAUUUGCAACUGCUGACAGCUGAUUAUGGGAGCGAAUUGACAACUUUGGUUGAAUUCCGCUCCCAUACUCAGCUAUCGGCAUUUGCAAACCUGCAGAUAUUACGAGAUCUGAGCGAGCGGGGCCGAGUCUAUAAUGCGAAGAGGAGAUUGCAGCGUAUGUAUCGUCGAACAUCAUAUUCCCAACCCUCGAGAUCGCUGGUUAUCCGGAGCAGCUGUGCGGUAAGGUGUCGAUCCUGUCAGCAGGAACGGUAAACAAUUGCUGCUAAUAAACAACGACAUCGGUGCAU